GUCACAGCAAUCAACCAAGGAAGGAAGGAAGAAAGGAACGACUGCACCGGCCUCUCAGGAAGCUGAAAUCAAGCAUCAGGACCGAACGUCGCAAGAGCAGGACAAACAUGGCUUCCCAACCCGCGCUGCAUGCCAAGCAGCCAAUCUACCUCCGCUGUGAGAUGAAGCCGCACGAGCACCGCGCAGCGCUGACCCCCACAACAGCCAAGACCCUUAUCGAGCACGGCUGGGACGUUACCGUCGAGCGCGACCCACAGCGGAUUUUUGCGGACGAAGAGUAUGAAAAGGUCGGCUGCAAACUCUCGCCGCACAACACAUGGGACCAGGUGCCGCCGCACAUCCCGAUCAUUGGGCUGAAGGAGCUGCCAGCGCCCGGUCCGCCACUGCCGCACACGCACAUCCAGUUCGCACACUGCUUCAAGAAGCAAGCCGGCUGGGUCGACGUUCUGUCGCGCUUCAGGCAGGGCGGUGGAAAACUGUACGACCUCGAGUUCCUCGAGGACGCCAACGGUAGGCGUGUUGCCGCCUUCGGCUGGCACGCCGGGUUUGCCGGCGCGGCGCUCGGCCUGCUUGCGCUCGCCGAGCAGCUCGAGAGCGGCGGGCAGAAGCGCCUCGGCAAGCAGGUUCGCUACCCGAACGAGGGUGAGCUGGUCAAGUACGCGCGCGAGCGCAUCGAGGUCAUCCGCAAGCACAAAAAGGAUGGAAAGGUCAAGGCACUCGUCGUCGGCGCGCUCGGGCGGUGCGGACGCGGCGCGAUCGACUUCUUCGAAAAGGCCGGCCUGGCCAGUGACGACAUUGUCCGCUGGGACAUGCAGGAGACCGCUGCCAAGAGCGGGCCCUACCAAGAGAUGCUCGACGUCGACAUCUUCCUCAACGCCAUCUACCUCAACACGAAGAUCCCCGCGUUCCUCACCAAGGACUUUAUCGAGUCGGCCGGUGCCGAGCGCCGCCUUGGCGUUGUCGUCGACGUCAGUUGCGAUACAACGAACCCGAACAACCCGCUGCCGAUCUACGACAUCAACACGACCUUUGAUGAGCCCACCGUCGACGUCCCCCUCUCCGGCGCGGACGCAGCACAGAACCCGCUGACGGUCGUUUCGAUCGACCACCUACCGACGCUCCUGCCGCGCGAAGCGUCCGAGGGCUUCUCCAGUGACCUUCUCCCCUCAUUGCUGCAGCUCCCGUACGUCACCGGCGUCGCCGCCGCCGGAAAGGUCGCGGAGAGCCAUGUGGAAGGCAAGGGUGCCGUCUGGAAGCGCGCCGAGGAUCUGUUCAGGAAGCACCUUGCCGAGGCGGAGAAGGAGGGCGCGUGAGAGCCGCAAGACGCAGUGUGAUCCGCAUCCCCGCACGGAAGCUAUUGACAAAAAGAAAUUAAUAUUCCAUUGCACAU